CGAACCGAAGCGAAAUUACAAUUGCUCGACUGCUCGUAUAGGUUUGAAAACACGUUACACACAUUGAGAACCCAUUAACAUCCGUCUUUUCUUCCAUCAUUCCAGCUACAACGCAAACAAAGAUGCUAACCCGCUCGUUCAGUCGACUUAUUAGUGAGAACGCACCUUGACAUUACUCGUUAUUGAUAAUAAAAUCACAAGUACGUGAUGUAUCUUCAUUUCUCUUCAAAGUCAAUAUCAACAACGUCGUCGUAAGAAAAGUGUAAAUCCGCCGCAACGACUUCGGUGUUGCUUUUUUUUCAAUAUAAAACGUCCGCGAGCUUUACUUUGUUUUUCUAAUUUUUAAUUCCGACUGGAAACCGCGCCAAAAUCGUACUACGUAAAAGUUCACGUUAAAUGAAUUUAUUUUCCGCAAUUCAGGUUUUACACGUACGAAUCGGUUCAGUGAAAGUAAUACGUGUUUGGUGAAAAUAAUUCUUAAUUUCUCCGCAGGUGGAAAUGUAAAUCUCGACGGUGUAUUAUGAAAUAUGUGGUCAGCGCUUCGGAAUCACCAUCGUUAUGAUUUUCUUAAAGAUAUUGAGUUAAAUUCAACUUUUCAUCUCGGUGUGUUCGGUGGUCGCGUGUAAAGUUUCCAAACAUCGAGUGUAGGUACAUCCAAGUCUACUCUACGUGUACGAGUAUCUUUGUUGACGAUUCACGUGUGCGUUGCAUUUCACUCUGUUCGACGAGAUACGUCUUCGUAAUUUUUCACGUGCUUAUUCGUUACCUCGUGCUCGUUUUCUGUGUGUAUAAAUGUGACGUGAAUUUUUUUCCUUGUUUCUGGUUGUUGGUUUUUUUUUCUUUUUUUCAUUCUUCGUCUAGUUUUGUCACGUAGAUUUUGUAACUUUUUUUUACCCCUUCAAAGAAUACAUCUCGAAGUAGUGUAUUCGUAAAGAGUUGUGUUUUUUUUUUUUUUUGUUACGUAUUAAAUCAAUUUACUUCGAGUCUCAUGUAGGUAUACGUACAUGUAUCUUAGAUACCGCAUUUCGCUUCUUCCUCCAUGAUUCGCGAACCUUCGGUGAAAUUUCGAAUUCGAUCCGUAUUACGAGUAUGAAACUACAACAAAUAAUUUGAUUAAAAAUGACCGGCAAACACAAACGCGUGAUUUUUCUAUCGUAUUCUCUAUUGUUAUUCGAAAUAAUAGAAUUUUGCGCGGCUGCCUCGCCGGAUGAAUUAAAUAUACCUUACGUGCCAUAUGUGGUUGUGGAACAGAGCAAAGAUAAAUUGGACUUGGAUCGCGUGCAACAGACGAUUUUCAAAUACCUGGAAAAUCGAUCCCAACGACAAACUCAAACUCAUCAAGAAGAAGAUGAAGCUGUCGAACAAAGUACAACGUUAUAUGAUUAUUUGAAAACUAGUACCGGCUCAACAGGCGUAUACGAUUAUCUGCGAACCAGCACCGGUGCCACAGCUUUUCAAGAUAAACCCACCGACACGAGAAAUUCGAAACUACAUCCUUUGAAUUUUCAUACGCCUAAUUACGUCCACAUGGAUGCCGCUCCAACCACCUACCGGGGACAUCUUCCUUAUAGAUAUGAAACCACACCUGUGUACAACUUGUCGUCAUCGCCGUCGAUUAGUAAAUCGUACGAUACUUACGCCACCAGGUAUUACCCCAGCGUCACCGAUAUGACCAUGCAAGAGACAAAAUUCGUACCUUUGAAAGAGUCGGUUUACAGUUCGAUGCAAGAGGGAAGUUUAAUGGGAUACCAGGUACCGAAAAAAACAUCGGAUUACUCGCCGUAUAAUAACCUUCCGUUCGGAGGGAAUAUGAAAUGUAGCCUAAGAUCCAGCCGGUACGUUUACGAUGGCGAAUGCAAAUCGAAGAAACCAAUCGUAGAAACAGUAUGCGCGGAUCGUUGCAUCAAAUACGAUUAUAAUAAACUGAAUCAACAUCACUCGGUAUCACCGUAUCACAUCCAGUAUCAGAAACCUGCAGAUGCACAAAAACCAGUGGUAGCAUUAGCCUGCAAGGAUGGUGAUGUGAAAAAACAAAAGAUAAAAUUGUACUGUAAAGAUGGUACCAUAAUCAACAAUAUUAUAAGGAUUGUAAAUAGCUGCAUUUGUCAAGAACAUAGUGAAAAAGUUCACGCCAAGAAGAAAAGUGUCAUGCCAGUUGAAAAUUUGAGAAAAAGGGCGUAUAGCAGAAGAACUUUACCAAAAGUACAAAUGUUUCCUCGCUUUAAAUAACUUUCGUAUUUAUUAUUUAUUCAAAUAAAAGAAUGCAAAAUAAUUUAUAAGGCGUUACGUUCACAAGACUCCGUUUAUUUUAAAAAUUUUUGAAAAUAUCACGUUUGUGAUGGAACAUUUUUGUACAGUUUUUAAUUUAUUAGAUUAGAUAACGAAAACGAUUCGUUGUUUAUAUGUACUCAAAAUUUGCAUAGUUAUUUAUAUUAUUUCAUGUUUCAUUUACUUUCAGUAUUAAUUUUAUAUUUAUGUUUUACUUAUUUCGUUACCAUAAAUUUAAAUCGAAAUAAUAAAUUUAUUAGGUAUCUUA